AGUCGAAAUCGAGGGCUCGCCUGGAGCAGUCGUCGAUCUAGAGAGAGAUACUGAGUAGAAGUUCUAAGUGAAAACUGCGCAAAAUUCUCAACCACUUGUGUUGUUGUUCUUCCUAGAACAAGAGAGUGUGCUGAGACUGCCCUUUGCCCUGAGCUGAACGGCGCGAUAAGUAUGAAGUGGUGGACUGCGACGGUGGGAGUGUUCGCGGUAUUGGCGACCGUGGCCAUAACAGCGACACUGGCACGGCCUGGCCGUGGAAGUGGGUUUGUUGUGGACAGUCGACACCACGAGCAUCACUGGAAGCAUAACCUGGCCCGGAAGGAGGCCAAGUGCGGGUAUGAGUCCUGUCCGGUUCUAUCUUCCAACGGAGACGACGUCCUGAACGUCCACAUGGUGCCGCACUCACACGACGACGUGGGUUGGCUCAAAACCGCCGACCAGUACUACUACGGAAGCAAGACGAACCAUCAACGGGCCGGGGUGCAAUACAUCUUGGACUCGGUGAUUCAGGAGCUGCUGAAGGAUCCGGCGCGGCGCUUCAUCCAGGUCGAGUCGGCGUUCUUCUUCAUGUGGUGGGACGAGCAGACGGAGGAGCUGAAGGAGCAGGUCCGGGGGUUGGUGCAGGAGGGUCGGUUGGAGUUUGUUGGUGGGGCUUGGAGUAUGAACGAUGAGGCGGCGGUGCACUACCAGAGUGUGAUUGAUCAGUUUACGUGGGGUUUGCGGCUGUUGAACGAUACGUUUGGGGAGUGUGGACGACCGAGGGCGGGUUGGCAGAUUGAUCCGUUUGGACACUCGAGGGAGCAGGCUUCGCUGUUUGCCCAGAUGGGGUACGAUGGGUUGUUCUUUGCGCGGUUGGAUUGGAACGACAAGGUGAAGCGGUUGGCGGAGAAGAAGGCGGAGAUGAUCUGGAAGAGCAGUGCAAACUUGGAGGGGAGCGACUUGUUCACUUCGGUGCUGUACAAUCAUUACAGCGCGCCUCCUGGAUUCUGCUUUGACGUGCUCUGCUCGGAUGAUCCUUUUGUGGACGGGGUGGACAGCGUGGAGAACAAUGUGAAGGAGAAGGUGGAUUUGUUCUUGACGUGGGUCAACAACAUGUCUACGAAGUACCGCUCGAACAACCUGAUCUUGACCUUUGGAGAUGACUUCAACUACAUGGACGCCAGGAUGAACUACAAGAACAUGGACAAGCUGAUCAAGUACGUGAAUGCGCGGCAAGCGCAGGGUUCCAAGGUGAAUCUGUUCUACUCGACUCCUACCUGCUACCUGAAAGCGCUCGAGGAAGCCAAGCUGACCUGGCCAACCAAGUCCGACGACUUCUUCCCGUACGCAUCGGAUCCACACUCCUACUGGACGGGCUACUUCACGUCCCGACCGACCUCCAAGUACUUCGAACGCCUCGGCAACCACUUCCUGCAGGUUUGCAAGCAGCUCACGGCUCUGUCUCCAGCAACGCAAGGUGAAGCGGAUCAGGAGCAUCUGAACAUCUUGCGGGAAGCGUUGGGAGUCAUGCAGCACCACGACGCCAUCACCGGCACGGAGAAGCAGCACGUCGCGGACGACUAUCAUCGGAUGUUGCACACGGCGAUCGAGGCUUGCGGAGCGAAUACCAACGCCGCGCUGAACAGCUUCACCAUGACCAAGGAGUCGGCGAAGCUGCGGUUUGAAUCGUGCCGGAUGCUGAACAUCAGUCGGUGCGACGUUUCCGAGAGCAAGGAGAACUUUGUGGUGACCCUGUAUAACCCCUUGGGACAUGCCAGCUAUGAGUACGUAAGGUUGCCUGUUAAUGGGAACAGCUACGUGGUGAGGGAUCAUGAAGGGAUGGAGCUGCCGGUGCAGAUGAUCUCCAUUCCCGAACCAGUGACUGAUAUUCAGUACAGAUUCAGUGCUGCAACUCAAGAGUUGGUAUUCUUAGCCAAUGAGAUCCCGCCUCUAGGCUACCGAUCGUACUACGUAUCCGAACAAUACGAGUCUACCCAAUUUGACCAACAAGAGGAAGUCGACGACCAAGCCGUAACCAUCGGCAACGCCCACCUCUCGCUCGCCUUCGACGAUAACGGCUUCCUCGCCGCGAUCACCGUCGCCGGCAAGCAGCACCGCCUCCAGCAGGACUUUAUGUUCUACGAGGGUGCGUACGGCAACAACGAAGUGUUCGCGAAUCGCUCGUCCGGCGCGUACAUCUUCCGGCCGAACGGAACCGAGCGGCACGCGGCCAAAUCCGUUCGCCUCUCGGUCAUCAAGGGCGAUCACGUGCAGGAGGUGCACCAGGUUUUCAACGAGUGGAUCAGUCAGGUUAUUCGAGUGUUCGCCAACGAGCAGCACGUGGAGUUUGAGUGGCUGGUCGGGCCGAUUCCGAUCGAGGACGGGAAGGGCAAAGAGGUCAUCACGCGGUUCUAUACGGAUAUCCAGUCGGAUGGUGUGUUCUGGACGGACUCGAAUGGAAGGGAGAUGAUCAAGCGGGUGCGGAAUCACCGGGAGACAUUCGAUUUUGACGGGGUUGAACCGGUUGCUGGAAACUACUACCCGGUUACGGCGAAGAUCGCGCUGGAAGACGACAACCUGCGGUUGGCGGUGCUGAACGAUCGAGCGCAGGGUGGAACGAGCAUGCAGGACGGAGUGCUGGAACUGAUGGUUCACAGGAGACUGCUGCGUGACGAUGCGUUUGGCGUGGGGGAAGCGCUGAACGAGACGGCUUACGGGUUGGGACUGGUAGCUCGUGGAAAGCAUUAUCUACUGUUUGAUACCGUCAAGAAGAACAAGAUAAUCAGCGUGCAGGCUAGGGAGAGGUUUUUGCAGAACCAGGUGCUUACCCCUGCUUGGAAGUUCCUGAGCGAUGCCAGCGACAUUGACUUUGAAACCUGGCAGUCGAGCUUCAACAAUGCUUUCUCCGCCCUUUCCGGAUCACUCCCGCUGAACGUAAACCUGCUAACAUUCGAGCCGUGGAAGCAACCGCACUCGUAUCUGGUUCGCUUCGAGCACCUCCUCGAGAAGGACGAAGACCCGCUGUACUCGUUGCCCGUGACCAUCGACAUCGCGCAACUUUUCGGAUCGUUCAAAAUUGCCAGCGCCAAGGAGACGACCCUAGCUGCAAAUCAGUGGCUCGAGGAUGCUACCAGGUUGAAGUUCACCGCCGAUACAGUGCCAACCACGGAGAAGGUUAAGAGCAAGCUUUCCGAAGGACUUAAGAUCACCCUGAAGCCGAUGGAGAUUCGCACGUUUGUCAUCGAGAUGCAAUAAAGAAUUAGUCAAGAAAUACUCAAA